AUUUAAGCACUGAAUCCAGCAGAGGAGGAGAGCUCCAGCACUUCCGCAUAUUGUAAAGUGACUGCAAACUUACCAGAAAAAAUCAGAGGAACCCGCUCGCAGCCGGUGGUUUGCUUCGGGGAGGAUUAGUGCCUUACUCGGUCUGCUGUUAACACCACUAAUCGCUACAAGGUUACUCAGUCAGGACCAUGGCACCAAAGAGACGAGCUGCUUCUGCUGCCAAGGCAGGUGGGAAGAAGGUAAAGGAGGAGCCCGAAACACCAAAGGCCAAGGAUGCCUUUACUUCUGCAAAAGAGGCCCUUCUGGCUGCAGGGCCACAAGUAAAAGGCAAGAAGAAGGUGGAUGAACACUGUUCACUGUCAUCCUGUGGAGAGGUUUAUGAGGAUUACGACUGCAUGCUCAAUCAGACAAAUAUCGGACAUAACAACAAUAAGUUUUAUGUCAUACAAGUUAUCAGAGCAAACAAGAAGUACUACUCAUGGAACAGAUGGGGCAGAGUGGGGGAAGCGGGACAAAAUAAACUCAGCCCACCCUUUGAUAAGGCUGAAAAUGCUGUCAAGGACUUUGAGAAAAAGUUUAAGGACAAGACAAAGAACAACUGGAGCGACCGGGCAAAUUUUGUCUCUCACCCUGGGAAGUACACCUUGAUAGAGGUGGAUGGAGAGCAAGAUGCUGAGGUCAAGGUGGACUGUGUUGAUGGCAAGCCAGUCCAGGUUACAAAGAACGUCCUACCUUGCACCCUUGAUGAAGCUACACAGAACCUCAUCCAGCUCAUUUUCAGCAAUGACAUGUUCAAGGAGGCGAUGGAAUGUAUGAACCUAGACAUCAAAAAGAUGCCUUUGGGCAAGCUCAGCAAGGCCCAGAUUGCAAAAGGCUUUGAAGUUUUGGAGGAGAUUGAAGCUGCUAUGAAUCAAAAAAGUGGAAGAGGACAUCUAGAAGAACUUUCCUCAAAGUUCUACACCGCAAUCCCUCAUAACUUUGGCAGGAACAGACCACCUACCAUUAAUGACAAAGAGAUUGUGGAGAAGAAAAAGGAGAUGCUUUUGGUGCUUGCUGACAUUGAGCUUGCCCAGACUCUGAAGUCUGAGACUGAGAAGGCUCAGGAAGAGAUGAUAGAGGUGGUUCCUCACCGUCUAGACCAAGACUACAAUUCUCUCAAAUGCAGGCUGACUCUGAUGGAAAAGAAUACAGAAAUGUUUAAGAUCAUAGAAAAAUACCUGAAAGCGACUUCAGAUGACUAUUACAAACCAAAAAUUCUCAAUGUUUGGGAAGUCAAUCGGGAGACAGAGGGGAAGCGCUUUAGUGAGAACGAUAAUCUGGAGAAUCGGCGUCUGCUGUGGCAUGGUACAAACAUAGCAGUGGUUGCAGCUAUCCUGAAGAGUGGUCUGAGGAUAAUGCCCCAUUCAGGAGGCCGCGUUGGUUGUGGCAUCUAUUUUGCCUCUGAGAACUGCAAGUCUGCGGGCUACGUGCGCCCUUGCAAAAAUACCGGAGUGAUGUUUCUCAGUGAGGUUGCCCUCGGCAAAGAGCAUACCAUUACCAGAGAUGAUUCCUCCUUGAGGAAUCCUCCAGCGGGGUAUGAUAGUGUGGUGGCACGAGGCCAUGUUGAACCAGAUCCCUCCGAGGAUAUCUUCAUCACCCUGGAGGAUAACAAGGUUGCUGUGCCUCAGGGUAGACCGAUAAGGCAGCCCCAGUUUUCAGAUAGCAGCUUCAGCAACAGUGAAUAUCUCAUCUACAAAGAGAGCCAGUGCCGCCUUCGCUACCUGCUGGAGCUGAACAUGCACGGCUAAUUCAAACCAAAGAAGAAAAAAUGCAGGCCCAUUUAAAUUGAAAUUUUCUCUUUGCUUCUUGGUAAUGGGCUUCCUACAGUCCUUUGAUAUGCUGUUUUCUUAUCUAAGAAGGUUGUGGUCUUAUUAAAGUGAAUGUGGAUAUGUUCGUUUUAAUAUGCAUAAAUGACUUCUGUGCCUUACACUUACGUUUGUGUAGUUUGCACUGUUAUUACGCACACUAAAACAAUGUAAAGACUUUACCAUGAGGGAGAUGCACAUGUUUGCUUUGGAAUUACAUUAGUGUAACUGACUUGAAUUGCUUUUUUUAAGGGGGGGAAAAAAAAGAAAUGAGCUAAAUUCACACCUUUUUUUUGCUGACAAGUCGUGGAUGAAUUUUCUUUUUCAGCUGAAGUUUGAGGACAACUGAAUUGUAUAUUGUAUAUUCAUUAUUUAGGCUAACUGACAAUGAUGUAAACAGGCCUGUGCUUGAAGAAGUAAAUAUCUUGAAUGUGCACUUAAAUAUGCAUUUUGAGUAGUGAUAAUGCAGUGGAACAAAAGCAAAAACGGUACCUAUGCAUAGUCCUAUUUACGGAAGUUUAAAUUGCAAGUUUUAACUAAUAUUGAAGAUCUUUCAAGGGCUCUUCUGAGAACCAUGCUUUACAGUAUGCCUUCUUGGUUAAUUCCAUAUACAACCAUAUGAUGUUGGUAACGAAACUUCAUUUUAGAAAAAAAUGCUGCAAAAUAUAAUACAUUUUGCACUAUGACAUAACAUGGACAUAGAAUAUACUGAAGUGCCCCGGCAACUUUUCUUGUGUCCUUUUGAAGCUGUUUUGUUUGUUUUGCACUACCAUAGAGCUUGUCAGACCUUUUUCAUUGUUGUAUUUGUUUACAGUGAUGCCAUAAGAGUAAUGCACUAAAUGUUAAACUUGACUGUGAUUGGAAACAGGUAAAUAAUUAAAAUAAACCUCAGAGCGCCCAGAAAUGUUUACUAGGUAAAUAUUUGUGGUGUUAAUCAUGUGUUUCAUAUUGCCUAUGCUUUUUAGAAAUCCCUCACUAUUAACUAUUAUUGCUGAUGGGUAAGCCAUUUAGAUGUAGGUAUUUGGAUUAACCUUACUGUAACACUGAGCAUUGUCUGUGGCUAAACAGUCAUGGAUUUACAUUGAUUAAAUGCUAUAAUAAUGUGUUUUGGGAGAAAAGAACUGUCUGAAAAUAUUCCAGAGAAAUGGAGAAAUGCUUAUGUUUAUUAGACCACCACUCAGUGUAAAGUUUAUCCAACAGCUGCCCUAAAUUAACA